UACAAUAAGGCCAGACAUUAGCUAUGCAACUCAGCAGCUAAGUCAAUUCAUGUCAUCACCAACAGAGACUCAUUACAAGGCUGUGCUUCGUGUUAUUCGUUUACUCAAAUCAUCUCCAGCAACUGGUCUAUUCUUCCCAUCCAAAGGGAAUUUUCAAUUGAAAGCUUUUACAUAUUCUGACUGGGCUGCUUGCGUGGAUACAAGUCGCUCCACUACUGGAUUCUAUAUUUACCUGGGAGAUUCACUCAUUUCCUGGAAAAUGAAGAAACAACAUACUGUGUCAAGAUCCUCUUGUGAGGCAGAGUACCGCGCUUUGGCCUAUACAUCAUGUGAAAUACAGUGGCUAUCUUACCUGCUCCAGGAUUUCAAAGCAACUUCCUCUCAUCCAGCAACUCUCUAUUGUGACAAUCAGAGUGCGAUUUACAUCGCAAAGAAUCCAACCUUCAAUGAACGAACAAAGCACAUUGAACUUGAUUGCCAUUUUGUUCGAGAGAAACUACAAUCUGGUCUUCUCAAAUUGCUGCACAUCUCCUCCAGUCAUCAGCUCGCCGAUCUAUUCACCAAGUCAUUGUCUCCAGCUCCCUUCCUCUCGUUGUUGUCUGACUCGCUACGACACAACACCUAACAAUGGCCAAGUGUAACCAAUGGAAGGGAUGCAGUAUAGUGGCUCAAGUGAUAAAUAUCGAAUCCACGGGUCUCUAGAGUUACUAUUACUCAGCUUCAGUUUAUUAUUUAGCAAACCAGAUUAAGAUGAAAGAACUAAAACUACUCUAGCAAACUACAGUUAAAGUUAAUCUAAUUACAGGUUGGGAACUCACUUAGGUAUGAUUCCCCCUAGCCACUAGCCAGACUAACGAUUGAUGAUUUCUAACUUGUUUCACUUUCAUUCACAAUGCGGAGAAUCCUUGACUAGACCUUGAGUCUCGACUAAAGGAACAAGCCCUCUUGAGUCAAUUGCCUAGAGGGACGUAUCUUUCUCUAGAACAACCGAUCAAGGCGUUCUGAACUAGAUUCCCUCUAUCGAAUGAGGUUCUCAAUCGAUACAAAGCAGUGAAUCAACCCUCGACUAAAGCAAUCGAUCCACUACUAUCAAUCUAUGGUGCUCUAUUGACCUAAUCAGGUAUUCCCUCUCAUAGGAUCAAAGCAGAAUCAAUAAUCUCGACUAAAGCACAAUUGAAUCAUGAAAACAUGCAUAGAUUGAAUAUGAACUCAAGAUUAUCAAGUCAGAGUACUCAUACAAUCAUCCAAUCAAACAAACAUAGCUAGGGUUCCUCAAAACCUAAGUGAAGGGAAGUUACUCCAUAGAGAAGAGAGAGACUGCAGUAAGAAUCUUCAGAUGAUCAGUCUUCAAGUCCGGGCUUGUUCCUCGAGCUUCCAAGGUGAAGAAAUCCUCCAAUUCCACUCUUAGAAUGCCCUCAGAUCGCCCUUUCUCUCUUUAGGAAUGCUCUAUCUCUCUCAAAACUCGAAUCCCCUUCUGUUUUGGCUGAGAUCUGCUUAAAAGGGCAUCACUAGGCAAAGCACGGUCGAGGGCACAGCCGUGCUUUGCUCCAGCCCACCCGUGCUUUGGCUAGGGUUAAUUACACGGCCAGCCUGUUGGGAGAAACACGGCCGUGCUUUUGGGUGGACACGGCCGUGCUUUGGUGUACACAGUCGUGCUUUUUCUCAGCCCUGCCCGUGUUUUCAGCUCGAGUUUGCCAAACUCAAAUCAGCUCUCGGCAGUAAAAGCACGGCCUAGGAACACGGCCGUGUUCUGUUUUAGGUGUGCCCGUGUUUUGGCUCCAGCUCCACCGAAUGACUUUCGAAUGCCCCGAAACUCGUGCUUAGCCUUUCCUUUGACGCCUGGGACCUGAAAUAUGACAAAGUAGCACAACCCGGCGUAAAAUAGGCCAAAAAUACACGACUAUGCCCCUCAAACGGAUAAGAACUAGGGGUGCAAAUACGUGCAAUUACAUCGUUAUCAUUGUCCAAGCUUGGUGUGCGAAACCUCUGCCCACCAGCAUGCCGGGGGGGGGGGGGGGGUAUCAGAUUGAAAAUCACUUUCCCUCUUCUUCAACGGUCAUAUGCACAGACGACAAUGUUUUCAUUCAUCACCACUCACUUACCUGAUGCGCUACCGUUUCAUGCUUAGUCGUAGUGUGUAACGAUGCCGUUUUCUGUUUCUAUGUUGACUGUACUUUCUUUUUCGCCAAGACUGUAAUGUUUCCUUUCCAAGCUAUCAAACAAGCUUGAGAAUGGAACUUAUCUUCUUCCAUUUUGAUCUGCCUAUAAAGGGCAGAAGAUGCA